AUGCACUCUCUAGUAUUUUUGGUGGGUGCUUCUCUUACUCUAGCAGGGAGAUUGGUUACUGCAACUCAAAAUGUUAUGGACUAUGGAGCCAAAGGAGAUGGCACCUCAGAUGACACAUGUGCGUUUUUACACGCUUGGCACGCUGCGUGUGCCGACUCGUCUUCUCCGACCGUGCUCGUCCCCUCGGGUUCGACAUUCAUGUUGAAGCAACUGAACUUCGAAGGACCUUGCAAAUCCAACAUCCAUUUCCAGGAAUGCUCGAGUCUAAAUGAUUGCAGUAACGUUCAACUUAGUAAUUUGAAGUUCAUAAAUAGCCCUCGAAUGCAUGUAAGCAUUUAUCAAACUGUUGGAGCUCAAAUAAGAGGGCUAACAAUUACAUCUCCGGAGUUUAGUCCAAACACCGACGGUUUACACGUCGAAAAGAGCCAACAUGUGGAGAUCUUAGACUCGAUUAUCGGAACAGGAGAUGAUUGCGUGUCGAUCGGUACCGAUACCUACGACAUCAAUGUGACUCGGAUAACAUGCGGUCCUGGACAUGGCAUCAGGUCGAUUUUUUUAAAAUUACAUUUUGUUUUGGAAAACAACAUUGGAAGCUUGGGUAAGGAUGAUUCUGAAGCAAUAGUAGAGCAAAUAAAUGUUUCUUAUUGCAAAUUCGCUGGUACGACGAACGGCGUAAGGAUUAAAACAUGGCAGGGUGGUUCAGGUUAUGCAAAGGAGAUAACAUUUAGUCAUAUUACCCUUUAUUCUGUGGAGAAACCAAUUGUUAUAGAUCAGUAUUAUUGUGUUGGUGAUCAUAACAAUUGCAAAAAUAAGACGUCGGCGGUUCAAGUAUGUGACGUGCAUUAUUCUGAAGUAAAGGGAACAUCAUCGAGUGGCAUUGCUAUAAGCCUUGCGUGUAGCGAGACGACGCCGUGUGCAGGUAUAACCAUGGAGAACAUCAACAUCCAAUCUACAAACCAAGGAGAAGAUGAGACCACAACUUGUUACAAUGCGCAAGUGAAUAAGAAAGGCUAUGUUGUCCCUUCUAUCUCAUGUCCAACUUAG